AUGUCUUUCACUCGAGGCCUUCAAGGCUUACGGUCAACUCAACUCAUCUUCCUGGUGUGCUUGAUAUUCUCUCAAGCCUGUCAAGCAAAGACUUUUCUUGGUGCCGAUCUGACAUGGACUGCCCUGCGAAAAGAACGGAGUGAUCUUCAGCCGGACCUGACCGACUUACUUGCUUUCAGAGAUUUGGAUCAGGAUCCGGUCUUUGAAAAAGCCAUGCACGUCAUUGACAAUCUUGCCACACAGUCGACUUGUCAGCAGACUGCUGCAGCCCAGCUUCUUAUCACUUGCAAAGCAUCAGAAAAGGCUUCGAACCACAAGCCGGUCAACCAUGAGCUCCUCGAACGAAGCAAAUCUGCGUAUGCUGUGAGAGUCGCUGUGUGCGAGACCGGUGAGGGUCGGGCUACGAUACCGCCGGCUUGCAGACCAGUCCUCGACAUCCCGCGAAGAUUACAAGGCGAGAUCGAUGUUGUUAACGCUAAGUCUUUAACAUCAUGCCUCGAAGGCCUUAUGCUUGAGCAUUACUAUUGGACAAGCUACAGCAACAGUCGACAAGAUGCCAACAUCUUGUGCCAGGCUUCCACUCUGGAGGCUACACGUCUUGACGCACUGUUCUCAUACCAGAAGCUUGCUGAGCUUCUUCCAGACUUUCGCGAAGUACUGGAAUCAACUCGGUCUCAAUGGCUUGGCUUCCUCAAACAACAGGAACAAGAGGCUCAAAAGUUGACGAACGUCCAACAGAAGAACUAUGCUGAUCUUAAGAUGCAACACGAGAUGCAUGCGAGGACUUUCGAGCACGUCAUGGGUACUGCAAAGGAGGACCUUGACGGUAUUUCGCAACAAUUGCGUCAAUACAUGGCGGAGACAAGUUCGGAUAUUGACCAAACACAUGAGACCUUGGGUUAUGUGCUAUCUGACUUCACAAUCCUUCGAGACUUGGUUGCCGAAGUCAUGAGUGCUGCAGGAAGAAACAAUGCUGAAAUCGCGGCUAUGCAUGCCGAGGAAAUGCACAAUGUUCAAGAUAUAGCUCUAGCCACGACAGCAACCCUCAACAAACUGCUAAGCAAGGAAACUGUCCAGGUCAUCAAUGGUCUCCUUCAGCAAGUCAGAACUGAUCUCGAUAUAAUCUCGUCUUCACAAAUUGAACAGCUCACACGCGCCGAAGAACAUCUACGGGUGAGCGACAAGCUUACAGAAUCGCAGAGAACGAACGCCGCCGGGGUUCAGGAGAUUUACGACACUUCAUCCUUGCUUGCGUCUCAGCUUCAUACUGCAGAUGCCGUGGCCACGCGAGUGUCUUCCAGGCUUGACAAGGUCAAUGAAGCACUCAAUCGCGUCGAAGAGGCCUCCUCUGCCCUAAGCGCACUCUUUGCCUUUAUCGCCGUCCCCACACAAAUGAUGCAACAGCUUCAUCUUCGCCUCCUUGCUGUGUUUUCUAUGCCGGCUAUCAUACUCUUGAUUUGGAAGCCACGGAAAUAUUCUUUUACUGUGAUGGCUGCUUACGUCUUUCUUGAAAGCCUGAUGUCCCUCUUCGUGCAGCACGGGAGAACAAUCUCGACUUGGCUUCAGAGACUAAGCGUCCGUUCUCAAGAUGCAACAGAUUUGGCUUUCGGGUUUGCCGGCCAGCACUCGACUCUUCUUUUUACGACUUUUGGAAUCAUCUUGGUCUUAUGUUGCUGUGCCAUUAUCGCAUCCUGCCAUAUAAAAGCCCGGUAUUCACAGAAACGCUCUUCACCAAAGCUAUCGCGUUGUGACGAAGACUUCGAGCGGCUGUCUGUUGCAUAUCGUCUACGUGGUGGCAAGCACUUGCAUUUUGGAACGGUGGAUCGCUUUCGUCGAGCUGUCACCGUUGCCUGAUUGUAGCAGC